AUGUAUCCCGACUGGCCAGAAUCAGAGGCCGAUUUGGUGCCACUCCCGCAGUUUCGGUUUCCCUACGACUACGACUGGGAGGGGCCGCCUGCACCUGCCACCGACGACUACGAUUGUGACGAGUACCGUGAACUGUUUUCUGCCCUCUACAACUAUGCGGACCCUUUUACCUGCGAGUGCCGUGCCUUUGGGCGCCUUCAAGAAUCAGGCCACGAGACGGUGGCGCUCAAGUGCUACAGCUACGUCUUGCUCGAUGAGGAGCACGAGCGCACCGUCAUGGCUCAGUUCCCCAAAGUCGCGUCCGGGGCCGACCUAGACUUCACCGGAUCCGGCGACUACCCCGGACUGGAUGAGCUGCGCUCGCGGUUUCUGGGAAAGAGUGGCAGGCCGCCGCCUAUUCGUGGCAUCGUCAAGGAGUUGGGUGUGGCCGACGAGGACAACUUGCGGCCGGCGGUUGCCCGCAACGUCCUGCGCGACAUCAUCAGACUACAGAAGCUCGGCAUUAUCGGCAUUGAUGUUAGAGACGUGCAGAUUGUCAGUGGCAAGUUGUGCGACUUCAGCACCGCCGUCACUACUCCUCAUUUUCUGACAACCCCGGAGAUCAAUCCGCAUCUGACAGCCGAUAUGGUCUCACUCAUGGAGCUUGCGACUUUUUCCAUAGCACUGCAAGACUAUAAGAGUUUUGACGACAUGAUACGCGAAUGGAACCUGUUCAUGGGCAAGGCGCGCCGCAUCUCCAUCACCGCAUUUCCUGGCGGCCGUGGCAGUGAGCUGCCGUACAAUCUGAGAAACAAAGCAGCCAAGGAGCGUAUCUUCACCUACGUUGACCCGAGAUCGUAUGACUGGAGGAUGCGCGGGGCAAAUCUGGAGACAAACGGCGGUGAUACGAUACGGCGGCGUCGAUCAGAUCGAAUAUCAAAUGUUCUUCCGGAGCGCGAAGGCGUUCCGCGACGGGAGGGCAUCUCAAGAACACGCAGACCAUUGACGUCUACGCCAUCCUUGUGGCAUUUUGAUUGCAGAUUUCGCCCGGUUAUUGCAGCCAAGCUGAGAGCUGGCAAUCCUCCGGGGGUCUGGUUACAGUGGUACCUGAAAGACGGUUUCCUAUUUCCUUACGAGGUGAGAGACUGUUGGUCCUAG